AUGGGCGGCGUGGGUGGCGUGGGCGGCGUGGGCGGCGCGGGAGGGCAGCAGUAUGGGGAGGUGAAUCAGCUGGGCGGCGUGUUCGUCAACGGCCGCCCACUGCCCAAUGCCGUGCGACUACGUAUCGUAGAACUGGCGCAACUUGGGAUCAGGUACGUGGUCUGGUCUAUCGUUGUCUCUGCUAUACUCGAGCGGGGGCAGCAGUAUGGGGAGGUGAAUCAGCUGGGCGGCGUGUUCGUCAACGGUCGACCGCUGCCCAACGCCGUGCGACUACGUUUCGUGGAACUGACGCAACUUGGCAUCAGACUCGAGCGGGGGCAGCAGUAUGGGGAGGUGAAUCAGCUGGGCGGCGUGUUCAUCAACGGUCGACCGCUGCCCAACGCCGUGCGACUACGUUUCGUGGAACUGGCGCAACUUGGCAUCAGGUACGUGGUCUGGUCUAACGUUGUGUCUACUAGACUCGAGCGGGGGCAGCAGUAUGGAGAGGUGAACCAGCUGGGUGGCGUGUUCAUCAACGGUCGACCGCUGCCCAACGCCGUGCGACUACGUAUCGUGGAACUGGCGCAACUUGGCAUCAGACUCGAGCGGGGGCAGCAGUAUGGGGAGGUGAAUCAGCUGGGCGGCGUGUUCAUCAACGGUCGACCGCUGCCCAACGCCGUGCGACUACGUAUCGUGGAACUGGCGCAACUUGGCAUCAGGCCGUGUGAUAUCAGCCGGCAGCUGCGGGUGUCCCACGGCUGCGUGUCCAAGAUCCUGGCGCGGUACCACGAAACUGGCUCUAUCCUGCCGGGAGCCAUCGGAGGCUCAAAGCCUAGGGUCACCACUCCUAAGCCGGGAGCCAUGGGUGGCCCCAAAUCUAGAACCACCACUCCUAAGGUGAGGUGCUGCAGGCAUGUCCAUAUCUCCCAGGCCGUGCGACAUCAGCCGGCAGUUGCGGGUGUCCCACGGCUGCGUAUGUUGGCCCGCUACCACGAGACAAGCUCCAUCCUGCAGGGAGCCAUCGGCAGCUUCAAUCCCAGAUUUACCACUCCUAAGGUGGUGUCAUACAUAAAGCAGUUGAAGGCGAAGGACCCUGGAAUCUUCGCGUGGGAGAUCCGCGACCGGCUGCUGGCGGACGGCGUAUGCGACAAGUACAACGUGCCCUCAGUAUCCAGCAUCAGCCGAAUCCUACGCAAUAAGCUAGGCGGCGGCGGGCUAUACCCCGUGCCGCCGCUAUACCCCGUGCCGGCUCAGCGGUGUUGGCCGCUACACCAACCAUACGACUACUAUGUGUACCUACAGGUAACUAAUAUCCUCGGUGUUAGUAGCGACAGUGUUGGUCAACAAGCUAUUGAGGAGAGCUACACCUUAUAUUGGCUCAGCGAUGCUGGCCGCUACACCAGCGUUAUGACCUAUGGGGCCGUCAGCAUGCGGGAGGGGCCCCGCACGGGUUGCCGCACCCGCACCAGCAGGGGCCUCACCACGCGCACGCACAUGCGCUCUGACCCCCGCCACCGCCACCGCUACCGCCUUCGUCACCGCCACCGCCUCGCUUUGCCAUAGCAACGACAAGCUGCGGCCGUAUUAGAAGUUGAGUCACGAGGCGUUAUGGUGUUUUCAAAUCACAAAACAUUACCCAUA